UUAUAGGUUUUGGGGCUCACAUUCAUGAAGCUUGAACUUUUUGAAAAAACGUUUAAAACACCAUUCUAUUGUCCUAAUAUGGGAAAUACAUUCUUACAUCAAAAAUAACAAAUCUUUUCAACACAACAUUUGUAUAUAAGAAUUAUACAAAUCCCUUCAAAUUAAGAAUAAUUAUCUGGAAAAAUUUUGCAUACCAAUCCAAUAAUCUAAUAUCAAAAUGAAGUUCUUACCAAUCGUCGCUCUUUCUGCUCUCUUCAUGAAUGUUCAAGCUCAAUCAUUAACUGGGUCUUAUAUAACAUCCUGUGAAACCCCUACUGAUACCACUCAGCUUUUGAGUGUUGAAACCGGUGUCAAAGGUACCAAUGUUCUUAUUUUGACACAAUAUGCCGUUACUCGUUAUUUUGAUACUUGUAAUGGUAACACUUGGUCACAAGAAGUUACAUCAACUGAGUAUACUGAAAUUGAUUAGGUUGAUUCAUUCCCAAAAAAAUUCGUCUCAUGAUAUGGCUGCCUCUAUUUGCUUUUGGUAUUCUUUGAAAACUCUCAGAGUCAAAUGAAUUAGGUU